AUGGAGUCAUCACUGAAACCCAAAGCCGAGUUAUCGGAGGAUCGCAUUUUAUCGAUCAUACAGCGAGACAAAGAGAAGAGAGCACAACCCUAUGCCUCAUGGUACCACCUAGCAUGUCAGACCAUGCCAUCAUUCGCUCGCUACGCAAAAGAACUUUUCGACAAGCGUCGGAUGCUCCAAGGACAAAGUGAGAAUAAAGACCAAAUCAUGACUCGCUCCGAAACGUGGUUACUUGUGCAAGAUGACCUUCAUCGACAACUUCCUGUCGAAUCUUCCAUCCUCGAGUCCCUUCAGAAACACGUCAUGUUUUGGACUGAUUGCGAUCAAGACGAGAUUCAAAAUCUGUUCAUUGAUUUGCACACGGAAGAUGAACGCCUCGAUGCUCUUCUUGGUCGUAACUUCAACAUUCCAACAACGCCCGUUGGCCAUAUCAAGCGGAAACACGAUUCACAUUGCACAUGCUCUUGCCCUGAGUACGGCCUCCGGGAUUCAGACUACGAGUAUGAUAGUGAUGACAGCUUUGUCUUCGAGAUCGAAACCCCACCCACACCGAAGAAAAGUCAAAACAAGAAAAGAAAAUUAGCACAUGAAUCAGUGGAGCCCACAGAGCCAAGCAAAGCAGACACGGUGCCUGCAAUUUCGUCAAGCCAGCAGAUCUUCGGAGGCCAACCUCAGCACUCCACAGCAUGCGACAAGCCUGUCAUUGCGAAGCCUGUCCUCGAGACAGCAGCGACCGAACAAUCUAUCCAAGAGGAACCUUUUCAAACCGCCUCGCAUCCAGCUGAUCCAUCAAAUGAGAUGUCACACGCGACACGUCUACGAGAAGAGGCCGAGGCACUGAUGAGAAAGCUCACAGCCGCAACACAUGAGGCAAAGCAGUUCCUCAACGAGAACAUGGAAGAGUUGUACUCCUUUGACAACAAGACGAAAAUGUUGGCUGAUGACGCGCUUCGUGCACGCCGCCUCCUCAAUGAAAUACUGGGACUGCUCGGGAGCCUGGAUGCAGGUCUCAAAGCUGUGGUGGAAGAAGCGGAAAAAACAAGAGUGCUCUUUGCUGAGGAGCUUUUACGUCGGUCGUGA